UGUACGCCUUCCUCCUGAAUAAAUACACCAACGCAGUCGCCCACGCUUUUUUUUCCACUGAUUUUUCGGAACAAAACCGAAUACACAUUCGUACCCUUUUUCAGGGUUUACAAAUCUUGAACUCGUUCUUCUUCGUCUUCACUACUACUAUUCCCUUUUCGCUAGAUUUUUUUCAUCACGUUCUGGUUCCGUGUUCUUCAAGGGAAGCUUCACUCUUCGCUGUUACAUCGAUCAAUCACGUUCCCGUUUCUUGAUUCUUCGUAUUCAGUUUUCGUUCUUCCAUUCAAAUUACUUCUUCAGAGCUACUGCAUGAUUCAGUUCAGUGGCUCAGAGUGAUUUUGGUCGUCUCCGUUUGCUGAAUGCUUAUUCAUUGGAAGAGUACUAUUUCACUAACAUAAGUUUGUUUUUCUAAAGGAGCAAAAAGUUAAUCACUUUUUCCUUCUCCAGGAAAAAGAUUAACCAUUGUGACUUAUAAAGUUCAAGUUGAUAGAUAGCAAGGAUUGGUAAAAGGCCAUUUGGAGUAGGAAAAAAGUCUUGGCAUAAGAGUAGCUGUUGUGAUAGUGUGGAAUUGUGCAAAAUUACUUUUGGAACUAUCAUGACUACUGAUCCAAGGGCUACUAAGGGCUAUGAUGGUAUGAAUGACUCAAGGGCUGUGAAUGACUCAAGGACUGUUAAGGCCUAUGAUGCUAUGAAGGACUUAGGAAUCUCUAAGGAAGAGGUGAAACCUGUGCUGAGAAAUUUGCUUAAAGUGUAUGAUAAAAACUGGGAGCUUAUUGAAGAUGACAACUAUCGGACUCUUAUAGAUGCGUACUUUGAGUCAAAGGAAGAUAAGCCAGAAGAACACAAGAGAAAAGCUCCAAUCAAUUCUCAAGAUGGGGAAAGACCAAAACAGAAACUUCACGUGGCAGAUAGGGACAACCGGGUUCCAUCAGCUGUCAAAUCAAUAGAAGUGUUGCCUGUAGAAGACAAUGACAAACCUCCGAAGACUCUUAAACAGAAAUCUAUAAAGUCAUUUCAAACUUCGUCGUCACACAAACUUCUAUCACAGAGAAGAUUGAGUGACGAUGAAAGGAUCUCAAGCUUACCUUCCAUGGCUGCUAGAGGUCAAAAAAGUUAUCCUGGGGCAGCUUCAUCUGCAGGGCUUUAUUCAGAGGAACCUAGCCAUCCUUCUAUUCAGAGGAAAAAUAUGUCUAGUGAUCAACAUCAGAAAAAGAUUACAACAUCAGGAACUGAGAAGCCUAAGUUUCGUGUUGGAACUGCUUCGAUGAGUUGCAAUGGCUCACUUGAUGCUUCAAAUGGAAAUCUUUCUAUCAAAUCCCUAUCAAAGGUUCUGAAAUCCGGUCGAUAUGUCGAUGACAUAACAAAAGGUUCUGAAAACGUCAAAGUAUCAUUAUUAGAUGAAACUGAAAGUGAGGAGUUUCCAAAAUUCAAUUACAUUCCAUGUAAUGUAAUUUAUCAGUGCGCUAAUGUCAAUAUUUCACUGGCUCGGAUUGCGGAUGAGGGUUGCUGUGCUGAUUGUUCAGGCGACUGUCUUUCCUUAUCAUUUCCUUGUGCUUGCUCUCAAGAAACUGGCGGAGAGUUUGCUUACUCUUCAAACGGUUUAUUAAAAGAAAAAUUUCUCACAGAUUGCAUAAAUGAACCCCAAGCUCAUCAUUAUGUGUAUUGUAAAGAAUGCCCAAUUGAGAGGUCUAAGAACGAGAGCAAACCUGAACCAUGCAGGGGACAUCUGGUUAGGAAGUUUAUAAAGGAGUGCUGGAAGAAAUGUGGAUGUGACAUGCAGUGUGGAAAUCGGGUAGUACAACGAGGUUUAAGCCGGAAAUUGCAGGUAUUCUUGACUGAUCAGGGAAAGGGCUGGGGCGUUAGAAGCCUAGAAGAUUUGCCCAAGGGAAGCUUUGUAUGUGAAUACGCCGGAGAAAUUUUAACUAAUACAGAGUUAUAUGAUAGGAUUGUAAUGAGUACUGGCAAUGACAGACAUACAUAUCCUGUAACGCUUGAUGCGGACUGGGGCUCUGAAGUGGGAUUAAAGGAUGAAGAGGCGUUGUGCUUAGAUGCAACACAUAAUGGGAAUGUUGCAAGAUUCAUCAAUCACAGAUGUACUGAUUCAAAUUUGAUAGAUAUUCCUGUCGAAGUAGAGACACCUGACCGCCACUAUUAUCAUCUUGCCCUCUUUACAAAAAGAAAUGUGAGUGCAUACGAGGAAUUGACAUGGGAUUAUGGAAUUGACUUUGAUGAUCAUACCCAUCCUAUAAAAGCAUUUAAAUGCUGUUGUGGAAGCGCUCUCUGCCGUGAUAAGAAACAAAAAGGAAGUAGAUCAGCAAAGACUAAAAAACUCAAGCAUACGAAUAGACACUGAUAGAAUAGUUGAGAUUUUACAGUCUGGAGUUAGAUAUAGCAGAACAGUUUAGACUUCACAACGUGACGAAUUAGGAUUCAAAUCUCAACUGAAAGAGGUAUCUGCAUUUGAUGUUCUACGAAAUAUUGCGGAACAUGUUUGAUCAUCAUCAGUAGAGAGAAUCUCUGGACAACAAACUGUUUUGAAGUUUUUUUUGUUAAAUUUUCCUUUUUGGUCGGUAAAUGGUUGCAAUAGAUUUUCAACCGGUUUAUUAUUGGUGCUGUUGCGGUACAUACAGCCAUAGCGGAUAGUUUUAUAAAUUUUAUGACAGAUAUUCUGGAAUAGUUCCAGUUUUUGGAGCAACAUUUUUUUGUUGCAAAUAUUGAACAUACAAAAUAAUAAUGGUUGAAAGAACAUAUUUUGUUUAGGAAUUCUUUUGUUUUCUUUUCAUAGAAUUUUUAUUCAUUCAUGAACAGUGUUUGUCAUCUAUUUAUUCUCUUAAUUUGUAAGUGAGGCUAAAUAGAUAAUAGAUUAAUAAACAAUAUUGUAAUAAAUAAAUCAACUGAUAUUUAUUUGAGUUAAAUGAAUGUAAUUUGUUAGUCUA